GAGUGAGAUGUUUUCUCGGAUCAUUCACAUUAUUUAAUUGUAACGUUUUUGCGAGUUAUCAAAGUUACAAGGCUUUGUCUCAAAAGAAUGCUAAAGAAUCAGCUAGAUGGUUAAUGUAUUGGUGCGUGAUGGCAGCCUUCCUCUCAUUGGAAAAUAUCUUCUACUUUGUAUUAUAUUCACUAGUACCUUUUUAUCCGGAAAUCAAAGUAGUUUCUCUUUUGAUUUUAGUAGUUUCAAACUAUGCACCAAUCUAUGUUUUACAUCAAUGGGUUAUUCCAAAAUUAGAGAGUUUAAAUAUUCCUUAUUACGUUAAUCAUGUAUUCGUAAAUCAUGCAGUGACUUACCUUACAUAUGGAAUUAGAUUCAUUUUCAGUAAAUUAGCAAAGAAGAGUGCUCAAUUGAAUAGAGAUAAUUUGGAACAAUUGGAUUCAAUGAUUGGAGCUAUUGAUGAUAUUUCAUAUGAAUUGAAAAAGAUUAGAAAAGAAACUCAAAGAUUACAUCAACGUGGAAGUUCUAAUAGUUCAAGUGGAAAAGUUCUAACAUCCACUACCAGUUCUGAUGCCUUAAGAAGAGUAAGCUUGGGAAUUGGUGAUUUAAUAUCUAACUCCUCCCUGAUUAGUUCAACCACACAUUAAGAGUGAGUGGUUACAGAAACAAUCAUUCACAUAAAGAUAUCUUCCCCUUUUUGAAUAAU